CGUAUCUUCAGGGUUCAUGGGAUACUUUAACGACAAGAACAUACAGAUCGGGUAUACGAUCGUGUGCGAAAUUUAUUAUUUUUGCACACCCAGUAUAUGGGAUGGUCUAUACAUGUAUGUUAUAUUGUUAUAGGAUGAUUUGAUUACUUGGGUUAUCGUGCACGGGGCGUUCACGUAUGUGGUGAUCGACAUGACGUAUGAGAAUACGUAAAUAGACCCGGUUGAUAUUGCAAAUUUUUAAUUGCAAAUUUUUGCACUUUUACAACCCGAAAAUAUUUCUUUGACUUUCCGUGUGCAACGUGAGACUGGGAUUUUUUUUUUGUUUUUUGUUUUUUUCAGAGUCGUCCGAAGUUAAUUUUCUUACGAGCGUGCAAAUAAUUCGCACUCGUAUACAAGCGCGGCAAAUGUUAUUCGCAAAUCUCCGUGCUCACGCCAGUGGCAGACAUUCGACGGUGACUCGCGGCCGUGGAAAAACGUGCAAAUAUGAUUUUAAUAUUUGCACUGCGCUUCUCCGUUAUCGAUUUUGCGAGUUUGCGAUUGACAGUAAAUAUCUGCACAGUGUUCGCGGCGGAGACAUUUGUACGUAAAGAAAAAAAAUAAAAAAAUAAAAAAAAAUUAAAAAAAAGAACUUUGGUGCAUCUCGCAAUCGCGGCGAGUGACUCGGGACUACGUGUAAACUUGAGGCAAACGAGAAAUUGCCAGGCGUAACGCGACUUUGUAGUGGCGUCGGGACGCUUAAUCGCUACGCGUAAAUCGUCCGUGCUCGAGGACGCCGCUUACCUGUAGGUCGUUUGUGAAAAUGAAAAAAAAUAAAUAAAAUCAUAAAACCUUCACGAAAGACCAUUUAGGGUCUUUGACGAUCGUCAUUCCAUUUGUCGUUUGAAUAUAACUGUUCGUUACGAAAACACGUGCUGCCAUCUAUAAUAUGUCUUUGACACUAAAUCAUCCGCACAGUUAUCGCGAACAAGGCCCUAGACGUAAGAAUGUACGAGACACACAAUCCUGGCUUUUGUUAUCACUCCACUGGAGCAAUAAAAGAAAGUAUCCUGUCAAAUUCAAACAAGAGCAAAGAUCCGUACGAAGACGUUCGGGCGAUGCUAUUUACGAAUGGCGAACUGGAUCCCGAAAAAGUACUAUGUCUUCACCUAUUAACUGCUCACAGUCCUAAAUCCCUAGAAUCAACGAGCAAUGCAGUUAGACCCGUGACGUCACUACUGGAAGAAGGUAAGAGAAAGCAUUUCACCGGUCCCUGGAACAGCAUGCUGCCUUGUUACGUGGUGGAUGUUAGACACGACAUAGAUGUCAAUGAGGAUCUUACAGAGGCACUCAGAUUCCAUAAAGAUCCACGCAGAGUCACCCAGGAGCACGAGACAAUGAAGGAGUUCCAGAUGAAGUAUCAGCGAUACGUAGAAAAUAAUGCAGACGUAGGAAUGGCUUUGUGGGCCAACGAGAGACACAGAAAAAUGAUACCGAAUUCAUUAGGAAGAAUGCCACUUAUACCUCCGCACGUUUAUUCCAUUUUGGAUCCCUCACACGAACUCAGAGUUAAACACGGCACUGCCGAAGGAUCCCGAAAAAUAAGGUUAAGGACGGACACCGAUAUCGAGCAAUGGGACGCGAAAAGUCUGUCGUUUCGGUUAGACGACAACGAAGAUGUCGCUAGCGUCGCGGCUGGCAGUUCUGUCGAAAUAUUUCGACCAUCCAAUCUCAGGAGUCCGUCCAGAUCGAUUUUUGGAUCAAAGUGCAAAUUCGAGGGGGGUGUCACAGUGCUGAAAAGUCGAAACAAAGAAAAUGGUGAAAUCUUAAGCAUAAAGCCAAGUAGCAGAACGUUAAAAGUGACAUCUAGGUGUUGCAGCGUGAGAUCUCCAUUUGAAAAAAUGUUUAACGGUGACCGUACGAAUUCUUGUAAUUCCGUGACUUCUGGUACGAUCAGUCCGGGUAGUGACGUCACGCGAAAAUAUCGAAGAUGCAUAUAUUUGAAUUCACCGAUAAGGAACUUUAAACUGAGAGGCAAGGAAUGUCAGACUGUGGAAAUUCUGGUUAAUAAUCAAAUUCAAGCACUGGUCCAUUCUGUGCUGAAUGUUCUUGAACGCGUGAAUCCGAAAAAGAUGAUGAGGAUCAUACAGACGGCUCAGGAUCCUGAUGAGAUACGUCAAAUGGUAAUGAAGCCGGACAUUCAGCUCUUUAUGGAAUCAUUGUCGGGACAACCUUUGGUUUCCUCGCCAGAAAGCUUUGUAAUUUCUAAGGCUACGGUAUUAGAUGAGAUUGACCCGAGAUUAGAAAGAUCGCUGGAGAAGGAACUGGUAGCCAUGACCCUCGAAAUGCCACCGGCGCCCAGUUUGGAUCUUCUUGUCAUGGAAAUACGAAACAAUCUCUUCGUAGAGCCUAACAAAAUGGUUACGUCGAAGAUCAAGGAGAAGGUAGACACUUUUACGAGUCUGAAAGAAAAAUAUCAUUGGAUUAAUGAAAAGGAACUUGAAGAGGAAGAAGAGACUUUUGACUUCGAUGAUACUUAUGCCAGACAAGAACCAGUUGAAACAUCAACUGUCGAGACUCAAUGGAAAUUACCACCUGUGUCGGUAAAGCAGGAACCGUUUCAGGACUUAUCAUUGUCGCAGAACCAUGGAAAGGUAAUGGUUGACAAGAAGCUGAUAAUGGAUUCCAAGGAUCUCGUGAUGAAAUUUAGAUCUAAUAAAGAUGACAUAAUGAAGAAGAUUCAACAGAAAGCAAUGAAUAGUCAGAAUUCCAGAAAAGAAGCUACUACUAAAAUUAUUAAGAAACGUCAGAGCGGAAGGGACAAUGCUAAUCACAAGAAGCCAUUAUCAAAGGGACGUAUAAAACUAAGAAGACAUAUUACAUCAGUACCUAAGACGAAUCUUGAGAUAAGAGCGAGAACGGAUCAAAGAAUUAGAAAAAAAUUAGAAGCUCCAAAAGAAAAAUUAAAUCUGCUCCAGGAAAGGGGUCUGAGAGGCAAAUUCAAUCCUGAAAAAGUGUCUACCUGUAUUGGGAAUGGAAGAAAAAUAUUUGAGGAUGACGUCAACUCGAGAAAUGUAAUAAGACCAAGGGUCAGGGAUUCCGUAAUGACUUUUGGAAGUAUUUCGAAGGCCGGAAGUUCAUGUUACAUUGGUAUGCAAAGUCAGGCGUCUUUGAAGAUAACGUCAGGAGAUAGGCCGUCUUCGCCGAAGUGUCAAUUCAAGCCAUGGAAAGUGAUACAGGAUACUGGAUAUUUGGAUCCUGAUCGGAUUAUAUUACGCAGAAUGACGAAUACUCAGAGAAUUUUGGUUGGACAAAUGUGUGCCUCAUUGAAGACCAGAAAAAUUAAUACAGAAGGAUUGGUCAAGGAAAGAACUCCGCUUGCUGCUUUGAUCACGCCGGUCUUGUCCCAGGAUAGUAUAAAGAUAUUGACUAAGGGUACUAUGUGCUUAAGGUCAAACACCUUGAAGAAGAUUCCGGAAGAGAAAGAGGAUGCUGUAGGGAAUAUGGAGAAAUUAACUGGACCAUUGUUGGCUAAGGUACGGCAAGAAGUAGCAGAAAAUGAAACUCAGAAAAGACUACGAAAUUUUUUAAAAGAUAGAAUUUAAUUAGGCGAUCUGAAAAUCGAUUUUUUAAUCGUAAAUAGUUUAUGUAAUUUUAGAAGAUAUAAAGAAUAAAACUAAUUUAAUUUUACCAACCGAAAUCCUGUUGUAUAAAUGCCAGCU